UUGCUUGGAUCGGUCGAGGCGCGUGUGACGCCGAUAGAAUACGAUCUGACAGCAAACCGGACGAAGUCUAGCUGAUACAGCGGCACGGAAUACCGAGAAUUGAAAACGGAGAACUCUUGGAACAUUCACGAAGAGAGGCUAUCCUACACAAUGAAGGCGGUGCACGUCACCUUCGCCUUGACUCUACUCGCCAUGACCGUGGCGAGCGCCAAAGAGAGUAGCUUAGAUCAGAAGACCACUGGCGUCAAGACACACUCUGUCGAGAGGAAAUCCGGCCAAGCUGUUGAGCCGUUAGAAGAACAGGGCAUAUUCCUUGCCCGGCGGAUACACCAGAAGAAUGCUGAAGGUGCACUCAAGCGGUUGUCGGGAGAGAAGAGGCCAGGAGAGAAUAAGAAACACGAAGGGAAAGACAAGGUGGACGACAAGAGACAUGAAACCGACAAGAGACAUAAGGUUGAGCAGAGUCAUGGCGGUGAAACGCAUGCUGGUGAUGAUAAACGUCUUAGGAAUGAUAAACGACAUGGGGACGACAAGAGACACGGUGGUAAAGAACAUGAGGAAGACAAAAGGCAUGGGGAAAAAAAGAGACACGAGGAUGAAAAGAAACAUGAAGGCGAUGAGAAACUUCUCUCGGGGCAUGAUGAAGAUGACAAACGCAUGUGGAACGAUAAAAAACGCGGCAGCGAAAAGCAUGAAGAAGACGCCAAACGCCUUUGGAACGAUAAACGACAUGGUGAUGAUAAACGAGAUGGAAAGAAGGAACACGAUGACGACAAAAGGCAUGAGACUCAACAUGGGAAGGACGAUAAACGACAAGGAGAUGAAGAAAGACAUAGGGAGGAUAAGAGGCAUGGAGAUGAUGAAAAACGACUUUGGGAUGAUAAGAGACACGGAGAGGAAAAGAGGCAUGGAGAUGAAGAAAAACGUCUCUGGAACGAUAAGAGGCACGGUGAGGAGAAGAGGCAUGGAGAUGAUGAAAAACGACUUUGGGAUGAAAAGAGACAUGGAGAGGAGAAGAGGCAUGGAGAUGAAGAAAAACGACUUUGGGAUGAAAAGAGACAUGGAGAGGAGAAGAGGCAUGGAGAUGAAGAAAAACGUCUCUGGAACGAUAAGAGGCACGGUGAGGAGAAGAGGCAUGGAGAUGAUGAAAAACGACUUUGGGAUGACAAGAGACAUGGAGAGGAGAAGAGGCAUGGAGAUGAUGAAAAACGACUUUGGGAUGAUAAGAGACACGGAGAGGAGAAGAGGCAUGGAGAUGAAGAAAAACGUCUCCGGAACGAUAAGAGGCAUGGAGAGGAGAAGAGGCAUGGAGAUGAUGAAAAAAGGCUUUGGGAUGACAAAAGACACGGAGAGGAAAAGAGGCAUGGAGAUGAAGAAAAACGUCUCUGGAACGAUAAGAGGCACGGUGAGGAGAAGAGGCAUGGAGAUGAUGAAAAAAGGCUUUGGGAUGACAAAAGACACGGUGAGGAGAAGAGGCAUGGAGAUGAAGAAAAAAGGCUUUGGGAUGAUAAGAGGCACGGUGAGGAGAAGAGGCAUGGAGAUGAUGAAAAAAGGCUUUGGGAUGACAAAAGACACGGAGAAGAAAAGAGGCAUGGAGAUGAAGAAAAACGUCUCUGGAACGAUAAGAGGCACGGUGAGGAGAAGAGGCAUGGAGAUGAUGAAAAACGACUUUGGGAUGACAAAAGACACGGUGAGGAGAAGAGGCAUGGAGAUGAAGAAAAACGUCUCUGGAACGAUAAGAGGCACGGUGAGGAGAAGAGGCAUGAAGAUGAAGAAAAACGUCUCUGGAACGAUAAGAGGCACGGUGAGGAGAAGAGGCAUGGAGAUGAUGAAAAACGACUUUGGGAUGACAAGAGGCACGUAGAGGAAAAGAGGCAUGGAGAUGAAGAAAAACGUCUCUGGAACGAUAAGAGGCAUGGAGAGGAGAAGAGGCAUGGAGAUGAUGAAAAACGACUUUGGGAUGACAAGAGACACGGUGAGGAGAAGAGGCAUGGAGAUGAUGAAAAACGACUUUGGGAUGACAAGAGGCACGUAGAGGAAAAGAGGCAUGGAGAUGAAGAAAAACGUCUCUGGAACGAUAAGAGGCAUGGAGAGGAGAAGAGGCAUGGAGAUGAAGAAAAAAGGCUUUGGGAUGACAAGAGACAUGGAGAGGAAAAGAGGCAUGGAGAUGAAGAAAAACGUCUCUGGAACGAUAAGAGGCAUGGAGAGGAGAAGAGGCAUGGAGAUGAUGAAAAACGACUUUGGGAUGACAAGAGACAUGUAGAGGAGAAGAGACAUGGAGAUGAAAAAAAACGUCUCUGGAACGAUAAGAGGCAUGGAGAGGAGAAGAGGCAUGGAGAUGAAGAAAAAAGGCUUUGGGAUGACAAGAGACAUGGAGAGGAAAAGAGGCAUGGAGAUGAAGAAAAACGUCUCUGGAACGAUAAGAGGCAUGGAGAGGAGAAGAGGCAUGGAGAUGAUGAAAAACGACUUUGGGAUGACAAGAGACAUGUAGAGGAGAAGAGACAUGGAGAUGAAAAAAAACGUCUCUGGAACGAUAAGAGGCACGGUGAGGAGAAGAGGCAUGGAGAUGAUGAAAAACGACUUUGGGAUGACAAAAGACACGGAGAGGAAAAGAGGCAUGGAGAAGAUGAAAAACGACUUUGGGAUGACAAGAGACAUGGAGACAAUGAAAAACAUGGCGAAGAAAAACAUACUAAAGACGAUAAACGUCUUUGGAAUGAUAAACGACAUGGGAACGACAAGCGACAAGGUGGUAAGGCAGGUGAAGACGAUAAGGGACAUGGAGAUGUUAAAAAAGGUCUUUGGAAUGACAAACGACAGGGCUUUGAAAUCUACGCGAAGAAAAACAAGAAUGCUGCAGAGGCUGUCGCGCAGCUCAAGGAACUUCAGAAGGGCAUACAUCGCGAUGCAAGACGAGAUAAAGAAAUCCUGACAUAUUACAAAAGAGGUCAAGGCCAUGGCGUUUAAGAGGUCAAGGCCAUUGCGUUUAGAAGUUGAAUACUGGUCGACUCAUGACGUUAAAAGCAAUGCGCGGCAAUUAGAAUCAUGUACUCUAGUUUUAAGAAAUAAUAUGCGAAUUCACUUUUUAUGCAACCUGGGUCAUAUCGGACGUUUGGAUAGACUCUGUGAUAGGCUGAUUGCGCUGUACAUAUUUACAAUUUUUAAACGAUCUCAUAAUACAUAACCACGUGCAUGUCCUUGUAAUCACUUUUCACACUCAUCACGUUGUCUCGAAAGUUGCUUCUCCGUAAACAAUUCAAGCGGAGAAAAGUAAAUGUCCUACGUCUAAUUUAGUCGGCACGCAGCAUUCAAACUCAAACUCACAGACUUUAUUGUGGAACACUCUUAGAAACAAAGUUUUUUUUAUCUUUUGAAGGGGCACACCGUUCGUAAAUACUGGUAGUCCAGGAAAGAAAUGCAUUUAUACAUAAUGACGUACAUGUAGAGCAGUUAUUACGCUUACGAAUUAGCUGAAACUUGGUAUGGUAUUUCUGUGUCUGUUUACACAGCGGCAUUAUUGAAAUUCAUCUUCACUACGUAUUUACGCUAUUUUAGAAAUUUUUCAAAUUCAAUGACAUAUUUCAAACAUUUAAUGAACGGUCUUAAAGUGAAAGUGUGGUCAUUAAUUUUAACUAUAUAAUGUAUUUUUAUUCUCUCUUGAUGUAUAAAAUUGUUCACUUUUUAGCUUUUUUAGAUCUUUCACUUGUUUCUUUUCUCACGAUCUAUAAUGC